AUGUCUAAAAAUCUAUAUACUAAAUUGCUGGAUGGUAAAAUUCAAACAGCUUUAUCAAAGAUUAAUUCAUUUGGUCAACCUCAUUGGUCAUUGAAAACAAUAAAUAGUUCCACUACCCCAUCUCAAAAUUUAAUUGUUCAAUAUAAAUUAAAGAAUUUCAAAAGGACCUGGAAUUUUUUGAAUUUAAUUGCCAAACAAGCAGAUAUAUUAAAACAUCAUCCGACUAUAACAACAACAUAUAACAAGAUAGAUAUUGAAUUGACUACUCAUGAUGUUGGUAACAAAAUAACUGACAAAGAUAUUACUUUGGCUGAAGCUAUACAUAAAGAAUAUUAUAAUUUAAUAUCAGAAAAUCAACCAAAACAAUCCUCCAACUAA